GAAGCGGGGCGCGGCACUGCGACCGCCGCCGCCCGAGGCGCGAGCGCGGGGCCAUGCCGGGCCGGAAGUCGUCGAAGGAGAAGAAGCGGCGGCGCUCCCGCUCCUGCUGCCCGGACGGAGCGGCGGGCGGCGACAGGAAGCGGCGGAGCGCCGAAUCCGGCCGCGCUGCCCCGGAGGAAGAAAAAUGCAACGUGCCAUCUGGAGAAAAAGUGGAAGAACCCGAGCAAUUCAGUGAUGUAGAGGAAGGGGGAUUAGAUCUCAGCGUGUCUCUCAAACCGGUCAGCUUCUACAUUGCAGACAAGAAAGAAAUGCUUCAGCAGUGCUUCUGUGUCAUAGGGGAGAAGAAACUCCAGAAGAUGCUGCCUGAUAUUUUAAAGAGCUGUUCCAUGGAUGAAAUCAAAAGGCUUUGCUUGGAGCAGUUGGAGAUGUUGUCUGAAAAAAAACUGUUGAAGAUACUUGAAGGCAAGAGUGGAGCUGAUUCUGAUACUGACGAGGAUGGAGAUGGAGAAGACAAGACUGGAGGUGAAUCAGUCAGUCAGCAGGACAACAGCAUAGACUCCACUUCUUCUUUGAGAGAAGACAAGCUGGAAGGUCAGGAAUCAAAACAAGGCAAAGGAGAAGAUAGUGAUGUCCUCAGCAUAAAUGCAGAUGCAUAUGAUAGUGACAUAGAGGGUCCAUGUGAUGAAGAAGGCAGCCCAGACAUGCAAGAAGACACUGUCAGAAGUGGAGCUGGUCAGAUCGAUGACCUUCAGAAGGACAUUGAGAAAAGUGUGAAUGAGAUACUGGGGUUGGCAGAAUCUAGCCCAAAGGAGUCUAAAGCAGCAAGCUUAGCUGUUCCUCCAUUAGAAGAUGUUCAGCCAUCAGCACAGCAGCUAGAGCUCCUUGAGCUUGAAAUGAGAGCCAGAGCUAUUAAGGCUCUAAUGAAGGCUGGUGAUGUAAAAAAACAGCCCUAAGAUUGUUUACAAUAAAUUCUCAGUAUCUUUUUAAAGAUGUUCUGUUUAUUCAUAUAGUUAUAGGGGUUGGAAUGAACCUAAGGAAAACAUCUAGUCCAGCCUCCCUGCUAAAGCAGGUUCCCUGAAGCUGGUUGCACAGCCAAGUCUCCAUGAGCGUUUUGAAUAUCUUCAGAGGAAGAGACUCCACUACCUUCCUGGGUAGCCUUUUCCAGUGUUCUGUAGCUCUCACAGUGAAGAGGUUUUUCCUCAUGUUAACAUGGAACUUGCUGUCUUCCAGUUUAUGUCCAUGACCCCCUUGCUGGGUGCCACUGCAAAAGGCCUGGCCCCAACCUCUUUGUAUCUGCCCUUUAGAUAUUUGUGAGCAUUAAUAAGAUCUUUUCUCAGUAUUAUCUCCUCCAAGGUGAACAGUCCAAGGUCUCUCAGGCUUUCCUCAUAAGGGAGAUGCUCCAGACUGACAGUCAUCGGUCAGUCAUCAUCACUGUGGUCCUUUGCUGGACACUCCAGCUUUCUUGAACUAGGAAGUCCAGAACUAUACACAGUACUUCAGAUGCCAUUCAGCAUCAGCCUCACUAGAACAAAAGGGAGGGGGAUGAUCACCUCCCUCCAGCAGCUGGCCACGCUCUUUUUAAUGCACCCCAGGAUCCCAUUGGCCUUCUUAGCCACAAGGGCACACUGCAGGCUCAUGGCCAACCUGUUGUCCAAUAGGGCACUGGUGUCUUCUCCACAGGGCUCCUUUCCGGCAGGUCAGCUACUGUCCUGUAUUGAUAUGCCUGAUCCCAAAUCUACGACUCUACACUUGCCCUUGUGCAACCUCCUAAGUUUCCUCUCUUCCCAACUCCCCAGCCUGUCCAGUCUUGCAGAAUGGCAGCACAGACUUCUGGUGUAUCAACCCCUCCCUGCUUUGUAUCAUCAACAAACUUGCAGAGGGUGCACUCUAUCACUUCGUCCAGGUCAUUGGUGAAGAAAGUGAACAAGACUGGAUCCAGUACUGACCAUGGAGGAUCACCACUAGGUACAGGCUUCCAACUGGACUCCACGCUGCGCACCACAACCCACUGAGCUCUGUCAGUCAGCCAGUUCUCAAUCUGCUUCUCUGUCUGCUCAUCUAUCUCGCAUUUCCUAAGCUUACCUAUGAACAUGUUCUGAGAGACAGUGUCAAAAGCCUUGCUAAAGUUGGGAUAGGCAACAUCCUCUCAACAGCCCGCCUCCCAUCUGCGCUGCUGUCAUGCCACCAUAGAAGGCUACCACGUUGGUCAAGCACAAUUUCCCCUCAGUGAAUCCAUGUUGACGACUCCUGAUGAUGCUCUCUUCCACUUGCUUGGAGAUGACGUCUGGAAAAAGUUGUUCCAUCACCUUCCCUGGGAGAGAGUUGAAGCUGACUGGCCUGUAGUUUCCUUAGUCCUCCUUCUUGCCCUUCUUGGAGGUUGGAGUGACACUGAAUUUCCUCCUGUCCUCAGACACCUCUCCUGUUCUUCAUAACCUUUCAGAGACGACAGAGUUGUUGAGCAACCACCUCUGCCAGCUCCCUCACUGCUCAGAAGUGCAUCCCUUAGGAGAUUAUGGAUCUGUGUGUGUUGAUUCUGCCUAGAAUCAUAGAACCAUAGAAUGGCUUAGGUUGGAGGGGACCUUAAGUAUCAUCUAGCUCCAACCCCCUGCUAUGGGCAGGGUGGCCAGCCAGCAGAUCAGGCUGCCUGGGAUCCCAUCCAACCUCACCUGGCAUUUCUCCAGGGAUGGGGCAUCGACAACCUCUCUGGGCAGCCUGUGCCAGCACCUCACCACCCCAUGUGCAAAAACUGUCUUCCCUGACAUCUAAGCUAAAUCUCUCCUUUUUAGUUUAAAGUCAUUCCCCCUUGUCUUGUCGCUACCAGACAGUGUAAAAAGUUGGUCUUCCUUCUGCUUGUAAGCUCCCUUCAAGUAGUGGAAGGUUGCAGUGUAGUCUCCCCAGAGACUUAGAUGAUCUCUGACUAAAUCCUCCUUAUCAAAUGAGAAGUCUUCCCUUCUCCAGAUUCCCUCUUGUCUCCAGAGUCUGGGAUUCCCGAGGGGCAGUCAGUAGUAAAGACGGAAGCAAAGAAGGCAUUCAGUAACUGCCUUCUCAGUGUCCUCCAUUAUGAGGGCACCCACCUCAUUCAGCAGCAGGCCCGCAUUCUCUAGUCCUCUUUUCGCUACUCAUAAACUGAAUGAAGCCUCUCCUCUUGCCCUUCACCUUCCUUGCAAGAUUUAAUUCCAAAUGGGGCAUAGCCUUCCUUGUUGCAUCCGUGCAUGCCCUGACAAUGUACCUAUACUCCUCCCAAGCAGCCAGACCCCUUUUUCACAUUCUGUAAACUUUUUUCUAUCUGAGUUUUUCCAUGAGCUCCUUGCUAGUCCAUGCAGGCCUUCUGCCACCUUUGCCUGAUUCUUGCUCUUCCAGAUGCACUGAUACUGAGGUUGGAGGAAGUGGUGCUUGAGUGUCAACCAACUCUUAUUUCCCCUACCUUCCAACGCUCUGUUCUCUUCAGUGCUGAAGUGUAUUUGGGCUGGGUGUGUGACAUUCCUUUUUCAGACUCUUACAGUGUUCCUUAUUGUUUCCUUUGCCUUUGGUGUGCUGCUUCAUGCCCAGCACAAAUGAGUUGGUUUGAUGCUGCCCUGAGCCCACCCAGCAGCCUCUGUGCAUGUCUUCAAAGGGGCACACCGUGUACGGAGCUAUGCCAUGAACCUGGCGCCUUCAGCACAAGACAGAAGAAGCGAGUUCUUUGUAUCUUCAUGGCUGGAAAAUAACCGACUGUUCUAUUUAUUUGCACCUUUUUAGUUGAGAAACUCAAUUUGUAUAUUGUUCAUUAGAAGUACCAUUUUUGGACUCCUUGAGCAUUGUGACAUCCUUGAGCAUUCUUCCAUGCAAUCGGACAUGUUGUUUCUCCUUGGGGCCAGGUCAAAAUAAUGCAGGUGUUCUGGUUAAAUUAAAUAGCAAUUCACUCUGAGAAAGUUAAAAGUGUGGUGAGGCUUUAGAAAGCCGAUUUGCUGAACGUGGAACUGUUGUUGUGUUUUUUGUUUGUUUGUUUUGGAAUAAACACUGUUGAACUGUCUUAUUUUCAGAGUUCUGAAAGUGCCUGUAAGUGACAAAUACCAGGGGUUUUGUUGCUGGUUGUUUAAUUAUGUUCCUCUUUCCCACUGUUUUUGUGUUGUGUCAUAACGGAAAUAAAGAAAAUGGAGUUGUUUUUUUUC